GUCUGCUUCCCGCGGCCAGACUCAGAGUGCAGGGAGGUCACGUACGCGAGCCGCUGCCUACCAUGGGCGUCCCGGGAAUGCUGACGCCGCCGCUGCUGCUGCUGCUGCUGCUGCUGGUUCAAGCCUGCAUUCCAGCCGCCUGGGGCCUGCGGUGCAUGCGGUGCGAGAGGACCGGGCAUUGCCAGGUGCAAGAGUGCCCGCCCGGCCAGGAUCUCUGCAGGACCACGAUCCUGAGCAUAUGGCAAGAAGGGGAAGAGCUGGAGGUGGUGGAGACAGACUGUGCCCAUCCCGAGAAGACCAAUAGGACCAUGAGCUAUCGGAUAGGCAUGCAGAUCAUCACCCUGACAGAGGCCGUGUGUGGGUUUGAUUUGUGCAACCGGCCCAACCCUGGUGAGUACGACAACCCUUGCCAUGCCCAACCCCAAACUCUCUCCAACUUAACCCCAUACUUUUAUCUGUUGGUGGGAACGGAAUCAGAUGCUCAUUUUCAAGGAAGUGAUGCGAGAGAUGACGCCAGCGUCCUCUGUGGGCCCUGUACUGAAGGGUGGAGCAGAGAGAAUAGACAGGCGGCUGCUGGGUGGGCCAAGCCAGGCUCAGGGCCUUCAUCAACCAUCUGCCCUCUCCCCUGCCCCACAGGGAGCCCCGGAGAUGAGCGCCACUCCCGAGGCUGCGGCAACCUCCCCGGCUGCCCAGGCCCCACCGGCUUUCACAACAACCACACCUUCCACUUCCUGCGGUGCUGCAACACCACCAAAUGCAAUGGGGGCCCAGUCACGGAGCUUGAAAAGCUGCCGCUGAAUGGCCUCCAGUGCUACAGCUGUCAGGGGAACGGCACCCACGGAUGUUCCUCCGAGGAGGCCUCCCUCACCGCCUGCCGAGGCCCCAUGAACCAGUGUCUGGAGGCCACAGGCACUAAUGGGCUGGGGCACCUGAGCUACACGAUACGAGGCUGUGCGACGGCCUCCUGGUGCCAAGGCCUCCAUGUGGCUGAAGGCUUCAAAUUGACGGAUCCCAAUGUCUCCUGCUGCACUGGAAACGGCUGUAAUCACCCCAACCGAGACGCCCAGUCCCGCCGGGGGGUGCCCCCCGUCCCGACCCAGCCCACCUCAGCCUCACCAUCACUCUGCUUGUGACUGCACGCCUUUGGGGAGGCACUCUCCUCUGGACCUGACCCCCACACUCUCCCUGCCCUGGCUGGAUCCAGGGGACCCCUCCGCCCUCCCCGCAGCUCCCAGGCCUGCUGCCUCGCUGUGUGACUUCCGGCCAGUGUGCUGCCUCCUCUGGGCCUCAGUGUUCCCAGCUGUGAAAACACCUGACUCACAGAAUUAUGAGAAACGGAGGAGAAAAGCUAGAGAAAGGCUGCAGGCCAGCAGGAGUUCUUGUGAUUACUAAUAUUGUUGCCCCCAUUGUUGUUAUUAUUAAUUAAUAUUUGUUUUAUUUAAUAUUUUAUACUUUAUAUAAAGAUUUUUAUACCAAUGAA